AAGAACCCGGAUGUUGAUAGCUCGCAUGCUGCGCUACAGUUAGAAGUUAGUGUUCAUUUGAUAAAUGAAGUUGGAAGUACAACAAACAUAUUAAAUAUCGAGUCGUUAUGUCAGCGUCAUUGAUCAGGAGAGGUUUGGAGCUGCUGAACGAUGACUUUAAAGAUAGCAGUAAAGGGAAGAAGAAGAAGCAGACCCCGAGCUCAGCAAAAGUGAUGGACCUGGUGAGCACUAAGCGGCAAGGAGUCACCAGACAAAAAAAGAGGUUGCAGGGCAGGCAAGGUCCUGGAAGAAGCAAAGCUACAGUCAAAGACAAGAAAAUCAAAUCAGCUGUGGAAGAGUUUCGGAAGAAGAAGGAAAAGAGCCAUUUGAGUACCAAUCUCAAAUACUUUAUGGAAACCACCUGUAAAGCAACAGACUCUGAUACAAUGAAGAUCAUCAAUCACAACUCGGGGAGGCAGUCCAGGCAUCAGCGGGAGAGACCUGUCAAGAAAGCCAAAGAGCCACAGUCUUUGUUCACAGAGGAGGAGUUCCAGCAGUUCCAGAAAGAAUACUUUGGCAGAACUGUUGAGGAGAAUAAAUGACCAGCACAGCCUAAAAGCGUGAUGAUGUGGAAGGAGCAAGACUGUGUUCUGUGGAUCAAAGUGGAGAUUUGGAGCAGACUGUGUCCAGAAAGUCAGUUUUGCCACAUUCCAUUGCAUUCCUAAAAAACAGGUGUUUGGUCUCAAAGUGGUGAAUUGUACACUUUCAGUAUUUGUUGUCUCAAAUCUUUUCUAGAGAAAUAUUCACAUAUUACAGCUUUGCCUUUUCAGCAGCAUCAGAAAUUCAAUAAAGUCUGUUUGAGGUGCGGAACAAGAAUGCUUUUGUUGUUUGGGUGUAAAAUUGAGGAGUGACUUUGGAAUCUGUCCAAAUCUGUCUACUGGUGUUCAUGUGCGAUGAGAAUAAAAAUGUUAACUCCAAGUUUUAAUAUUUAACUUCAUCUUCAGCUGCUUCCCAUUGGUUCUUUCCCAUUUUUUAUGUUUGACCCCCCCAGAAAUCUGGAAGCCCACCUAGUGUUUUUUAACAUCAGAGAUGCAAAAAGCUGG